AUGGUUCUUCCUGCUUGGGUCCGAGUUGUUUCUUUCAUCAUUGCGGUGCUGUGGGGUUCGCUGUUGAGUGGGUGCAGUGGUGAUGACUUCCUGCGCAUGGAUCGCGGUUCGGAUGUGAUGACCGAAUCAGUCGGCGCGAUUGACGAACGCUAUCGGCGUGAAGGCGGCGAAGACGGCAUCAACAUCUUCAAAGAGAUUGAUCUCCCAACACCAAACGAUCAAAGACUCGGUUCCGGAGCACCAGGACCAGACUAUUGGCAGCAGCGCUGCGACUACAACAUCGACGCGACGCUCGAUACGGAGAGCGAUUCGGUGCGUGCGUCGAUGACGAUCCGCUACACCAACAACUCGCCUCAUGAGCUUGAGUAUAUCUGGAUGAACUUGGAGCAGAACCUGUUCCAGCUCGACUCAACGGGUUCGCAGUCGCGCACCCCUGGUUCGGUGAUGAAGAUGCUCGAGUACGACUUCGAUGGUGGGUACUCGAUCAGCAAUCUCGCGGCUUCGGGUCAGGCACUGGAGAUGAAGGUUUACGACACGCUCGGGAAGAUAGAUCUGGAUCAGCCGAUCAUGCCGGGGCAGGUGUUCGUGUUCUCGUUUGACUUUGAGUUCAAGGUUCCUCCGGCGCUGCGGCGGAUGGGGAUGGAGACUGUUGAGGACGGGAAGAUUUAUGAGCUGGCGCAGUGGUUCCCGCAGGUGUGCAAGUACGACGAUGUGAACGGUUGGAACACGCUGCCGUACUUAGGGUCCGGCGAGUUCUACACGGACUUCGGGGAUUACCAGGUUUCGAUCACAGUCCCUCGCAGCUACCUAGUUUCCGCAUCGGGAUUGCACACCAAUGAAUCGGAGGUCCUUACGCAGACGCAGCGCGAUCGUUUAGCGCAAGCGGACGUGAGCGAUGAGCCGAUCUGGAUCGUGACGAAAGACGAGAUCGGGAGUGAUGCGAUCCGUCCUGCUGGUGAUGGUCCGAUGACGUGGGAGUUUGAGAUCCAGAACGCGCGGACAUUCGCGUGGGCCGCGAGCGAUGCGUUUAUGUGGGACGCGUGUCGAGCGACGAUCACGGACGAGAACGGCAUGGAGACAGCCGUGCGUUGUCAGUCGUUGUUCCCGGUCGAGGCGGAGGUCUGGGGCAAUGACCACGAGGACGGCGGAUCGACUCGGUACAUCAAGCACUCGAUCGAGUAUUACUCUGAGUGGUUGUCGCCGUAUCCGUAUCCGGUGAUGAGCAACAUCAAUGGUCCUGAGGGCGGGAUGGAGUAUCCGGGGAUUAUCUUCUGCGGCGCGCGGACGAAUCCGGAGGGGUUGUUUGGCGUCACGGACCACGAGAUCGGGCACAUCUGGUUCCCGAUGAUUGUCAACUCCGAUGAGCGCCGCUACAUGUGGCAGGACGAGGGGUUCAAUACUUUCAUCAACAUUUACUCGAAAGCCGCGUGGUACGGGAAGCGUCCUGAUAUCAAGCGGCACAUGGAGCAAACGACUGAGAUCUGCUCGGCGAUUCAUCAGCAGCCGAUCGUGACCGCUCCGGAUCGAGCGUGGCCUCGCUGGGUUGGUCGCUUGAUGUAUCGCAAGACGGGGUACGGGUUGUAUCUGCUGCGUGAGUUCAUCUUGGGACGCGAGCGGUUCGAUGAUGCGUUUGCGCAGUACAUCGAGUGGUGGUCGUUCAAGCAUCCGCAGCCGACUGAUUUCUUCCGCACGAUCGAGGAUGCAGCGGGGACUGAUCUCUCGUGGUUCUGGCGCGGAUGGUUCCUCGAGCCAACUUCAUUGGAUCUUGCGGUUGUUAAAGUCGCACAGGAGGAAGGCGAUACCGCGAUCGUGGUGCUCGAUUCGCUUGGGGAUAUGGUGAUGCCGGUCCCGAUGCAGAUUAUUUAUACGGACGGCACGGCGGAGAGCCGAACGCUUCCGGUGGAGAUCUGGCACACAAGCACGCGAUGGAAUGCCGGGAUCCAGACGGGCGGGCGGGAGAUUGAUUCGGUCACGAUCGAUCCGGAUGAGAUGCUUCCUGAUGUCGAUCGCGAGAACAAUCGCUGGGAGCGGCGCGUGAUUGUCUACACUCGCUCUGUGUACCAAGCGCUGCUGACCAAGAAGUAUCUGACAAGCAAACUGAUGCCGAUCCUCGCGAUGCUCGCGGUGAUGCUGUCGGUAGCGACGAUCCUGAUCACAUGGUCGGUGAUGGGGGGGUUCCUCAAAACGCUGGUGAACUCGGGGAGAUCGCUGAUCGGCGAUGUGACUGUGUCAUGGCCCAAUGUCGGGUUUGCGCAUUACGACGAACUGAUCGCGAUGCUUGAAGAGGAUGAACUGGUCGAGGGUGCGACGCCGAUUAUCGAGACCUUUGGGUUGAUUCAGCUUCCUGACGAUCGGAUUGAGCUGAUCACGAUCAAGGGGAUCGAUGUUGAGAGCUACAACAGGGUCACGAACUACGAGGACACGAUCUGGUGGAAGCCGAUCGAUGAACCCACGGCGAAGGACAAGGACGCUUCUGAUGUGAGACUUGAACCUGACUUCACGCAAGCGAUGGAGAUGUUCAGGUCCAACGCGAUGACGCUGACUCGCCGGAAUCCUGAGUCAGGGAUCACGGAGCAAUCGGGGGUGCUCGGUGUCGAGGUGACUGGACUCAAUGUUCGCACACACGACGGGAUUUACGAUCCACGCAGUUUCGGAUUCCGCGCGCUCCCAGAUGGAGGCGUCGAGCGGGUUCCUGGGUUUAUGCCUGCUGGUGGUUCGGUUGGCUUGACGGUGCUGUCGCUGGAUUCAACAGGCAAGCCUGUCGAUCCGGUGACUCGAACCAUCCCGAUUGCCAACGAGUUUCAGAGCGGGAUCUAUGAGAUUGACACUUCAACGAUCUUCGUGCCUUUGGAUGUGAUGCAGGAGAUGCUCCGGCUUGAUGAGGCGCGAAAGGUCGAGGUGGUCGAGAAUCCGUUCGCGACGGAGAUCGAUCCGGAGACUGGGAAUCGGCGUCCGAAGCGGAGCGAGGUCAUCGGGAUCGAUCCGGCUCGAGUGACCACGGUGCUUGUGAAAGCGAAGGACGGUGCGGAUCUUCAGCAGGUCCGCGAUCGUGUGUACGCGAUCUAUCAGUUGUUCGAGGACAAGCACAAGGGUGAGGUUCCCAGUUCGUUCUCGAUGGAUAACCAGGUCCGUACCUGGGAAGAGAUGAACGCGACGAUGAUCAACGCCGUGAAGAAGGAGACGGGGUUGGUGCUGUUCAUCUUCGGGAUCGUGUCAUUCACGAGCGUGUUCCUUGUGCUCGCGAUCUUCUGGUCGAUGGUGAGCGAGAAGACGAAGGACAUCGGGAUCUUGCGGGCGCUGGGCGCUUCGACACCAGGCGUUGCGUGGUUGUGGAUCCGUUACGGCACAGCGAUCGGACUCAUCGGCGCAACAGUGGGGACGAUUGUUGGGAUCGCCGUGGUUCGGAAUAUCAAUGGAAUUCAUGAUUGGUUGGGAGAAACCUUCAACCUCGUGAUUUGGGAUCCGCGGACUUACUACUUCAUCGAGAUCCCGCACGAAGUGGAGAUACCCAAAGCGGUCAUCGUCUUUGUCGUCGGCGUGCUGACCUGCGUGCUUGGUUCGCUCAUCCCGGCGUUCCGAUCCGCUCGCAUGGUCCCUGUGCUUCACGGCGUGGACCUCACGGUCCAUCACAAAGAAUGGAUCACGAUCCUCGGCGCUUCGGGAUCGGGAAAGAGCACGCUGAUGCAUCUGAUCGGUGGUCUCGAUCGUCCCGAUCGGUAUCCAGAAGAUCCUGCAUCGAUUGUCUACGGCGAUCGAGUGAUCACGAGCCUUGGAUCGAAAGCACUGGAUCGGUACCGAUCGACUGAAGUCGGUUUCGUGUUCCAGUUCUAUCACCUGCUUCCUGAACUCGAUGUGCUCGGGAAUGUGUGCAUCGGCGCAAUGAUCCGGCAUGGGCGGUUGGGUUAUGUCUCCAAUCGCAAAUCUGUUGAAUCGCGCGCCAAGGAGUUGCUUGAGCGAUUCGGGCUCAGCGAACGGAUCAAGCAUCGUCCGGCGGAACUCUCCGGCGGCGAGCGCCAGCGUGUGGCGAUUGCUCGUGCGCUGAUUAAUCAACCCGCGAUGUUGCUCGCGGAUGAGCCGACCGGGAAUUUGGAUCUCAAAACAGGUGAAUCGAUCCUGGAAGUCCUUGCUGAACUCCAGCAAGAUUCGGGUCUGACAAUGGUCAUGGUCACGCACGAUGAGCGGAUCGCGGCUCGUGCGGAUCGUGUGAUCCGACUGGUCGAUGGGCGCGUUGAGGAACAAUCCCUGUCCCAGAGGUUCUACGAUUGCAUGACAAAGCAAGUGUUUCCUAACAAGAAUCAUGAGCGUGGUCGUCCGUCGAAGCGGAUUGAUCUCAGUGUCAGUGGAGAACACACUUUGAGCACCGCACAUGUCAAUCCAUCGGGAGCGACUCCCAAGACGGAGUUUGCCAAAUCGCAGGUGACGCUGACUGGGAUGAGCGGGAAGCAGAUCGCGGCGGAUGUUGUCGAGUGCGGAUCGGGAAUGCCUGUGGUGUUCUUGCACGGGUUGGUGGGUCUCAACGAGCACUGGGAGCAUGUUGUUCGCUCGAUCUCGGAUCGUGCGCGCUGUGUGACUCUGGAGCUGCCGCUGCUCUCGCUUCGGAAAUCGGACUGCUGCAUCCAAGCGGUGUCGGCGAUGACGAUGCAGUUCAUCGAUAAGCACUUCGAUGAGCCAGUAGUUUUGGUGGGCAACUCGUUUGGUGGACAUGUCGCGUUGCGCGUCACACACGAGCGUCCUGAACUGGUCCGCUCGCUGAUCCUUGCGGGAUCGAGUGGGUUGAUUGAACGGACUGUGGUCAAGGGCGCGCCUGUUCGUCCGACUCGCGAGUGGCUCGUCGAGAAGAUCGGUGAGCUUUUCUACGACAAGUCGUUCAUGGCUGAAGCGGAUGUCGAGCGUGCGCACAAGCUGCUCAAUGAACGCGGCGGGGCGCGGGCGAUGGUCAAGCUCUCCAAGAGUGCUCGUCGUGACAACAUGACGGAUGAUCUCGGAGAGAUCGAGCAUCCGACGCUCCUGAUUUGGGGGAAGGAAGAUGUGGUGACCCCUCCGAGUGCGGGACAGGGAUUCAGUGAGUUGAUGCCGAACGCGGAACUCUUUUGGAUCAACGAUUGUGGUCACGCGCCGAUGAUCGAACGGACCAUACUCAUGCGUGCACCCACCCCCAAUGCCGGGUAUUCCAUGACGAGUCUUGUUGGUGCGGCGCUGCGUGCUCGCGUGGAGAUGCGUCGGCGCAAGCUCAAUGACUUGGACUAUUGGAAGCGAUCGACCUGCACGAUCCAAGCGGCGCAGCUCCGCAAGAACCUGAGUCUCUGUGUUCGCACAGACUUUGGGAAGAAGCACGGAUUUGGAUCAAUCGUCGAGAUCGAAGACGAUGCUCAGAUGAUCAGAGCGUAUCGAGAUGCACUUCCGAUCAAUGAUUGGUAUGUAUUCCAGGAUUCGAUUGGGCGCAUGCGGGAUGGUGGUGAGUCCGAUGUGCUUUGGCCGGGACGCGUAGAUCACUUCGCGCAGACCUCUGGAACGACGGCGGGGGAUAAGUACAUCCCGGUCACGAAGGAGAUGUUCCGAUCGAACUACCUCGCAUCGCUGGAUAUCUUCGCUCAUCUGAUCAAUCGGGGUGUGCAUCCGGAGCGGAUGAUGGGUGGGCGUUGUUUGUUCCUUGGCGGAUCGACGGAUCUGGAGUACAACGAGCACGGCAUCGCGACGGGGGAUUUGUCGGGAUUGGUGACGCCUUUGAUUAAGUGGCCGUUGUCGAUGAUCUAUUCGCCGGGACCUGCGGUGGCGUUGAUGAGUCAUUGGCCCGACAAGAUCGAAGCGAUGGCGCAGCUCGCGAUCGAUCAGGACAUCCGCUUUAUCUCUGGAAUGCCGAGCUGGGCUUUGGUGCUCAUUGAUCGUGUGAUCGAACUCGCGAAUGAGCGAGGGAUGAAUGCGAAGUGCGCGAGAGAUGUUUGGCCAAACCUUGAGGUCUUCGUCCACGGAGGGGUGAACUAUCGUCCAUUCAUCGAGCGGAUGAGUGUCGCUUUUUCAGGUGAUGCGCAGAUCGACUUCCCGUGCCGACAUGAGUUGUACCCCGCUUCGGAGGGGUUCCUCGCGAUGCAGGAUCGGGAUGACGAUCUGGGGAUGAGGCUGCUGAGUGAUAACGGGAUCUUCUUCGAGUUUGUCCCACGAGAGCAGAUUGAUGAUGACAAUCCUGAGGUGUUCUCGUGCUGGGAGGUCGAGAAGGGGCAGCAGUAUGUGGUGGUCAUGAGCACCAACGCGGGACUCUGGCGCUACAUCAUCGGCGAUGUCGUCGAGUUCGAUACGAUCCCAGAUGGUUUUAAUGGGAAGGGUGGCGAUGGUCCUGCACGGCUGCGGAUCGUGGGCCGGCAUCGACACUUCAUCAACGCGUUCGGAGAGAAUCUGAUCGGCGAGCACAUCGAAGAAGGUGUGAGCGCGGCAUCACGCGCGAUCGGCGCGACGAUCGGUGAGUUCACGGCGGCGCCGGUCUAUCCCUCGCAAUCUACACGCGCUGGACUUGAGAUUGCUGUGGAGUUCCCGAUUGCGCCGAGCACAGAUCAGCUGAUCCGUUUCCGAGAUGCGUUUGAUGCGCAUGUUCGAUCGAUCAAUGUGGAUUACAACACGAAACGCUCUGAUUCAGUGGGGAUGAGCGAUCCGACGAUCACGAUCCUGCCGGACGGGACAUUCCAUCGCUGGAUGGAUAUGAAGGGCAAGCUUGGUGGUCAGCACAAAUGUCCACGUUGUGCGAAUCAUCGAGACAUCCUGUCUGAAGUGCUUCAAGCGGCGCAUCGAAAAAGAAUGUCAGUACUCAAUGUCGUCCAUGCCGCGGACGCGAUUCUUGAACAACUCAGCGACUACAUCGGACUGAUGGAUGACGAGAAGUACACCAAAGCUUCAACGAUCUUCCCAGCCGGGACGAUCGGGAAGCACAUCCGUCACACGCUCGAUCAUUUCCGAUGCUCGAUCAACACGCCUUCAUGCGAGAAGAUUGAUUACGACCAUCGAGCUCGCGGCGUGAGUGUGGAGACUGAUCGUCAAGCCGCAUUGACUGAGAUUUCACAACUCCGCAGCGCGUUGAGUGGAUUCGAUGCCGAUGGACUCAAUGAGUCGGUUACCGCUCAGGUCAUGUGUGCCGGCGAUGGGUGUUGUGCGGAACUGCAAUCCACUCGAGGCAGAGAGAUCUUCUUCGCGCUUCAUCACGCGAUCCACCACAACGCGAUCCUGAAGGCGAUCGCGGCGGAGUUUGACAUUGAGCUGGAUGCCGCUUUCGGGACGGCACCAUCGACGCUCAACUACGAAUCCGGAUUGGCAUCCAACUGA